AGCGAGGAAGGAAUUCAGCGUUGAGGCGCAAGUUAGCAAAUUGGGUUUCUCUUCCCUUGCUCACGCAAUCUCUCCGUCUCGGGCGCUUUAAAAGGGGGCCGUCCUGAGACCUCUCGUUCUCUCUGUGUCGAUCUUUUUAGAAAUUUUAUUUGCAAGCAAUGGCGGAAUCAAAGACCAAAUUUGAGGAAAUCAGAGCAUGGGUCUCCGAGCACAAGCUUCGUACCGUCGGGUGUUUAUGGCUUAGUGGCAUCACGGGUUCAAUCGCCUAUAACUGGUCUCAGCCCGCCAUGAAAACCAGUGUCAAGAUCAUCCACGCUAGGUUGCACGCUCAGGCGCUGACGUUGGCUGCCCUGGCUGGAGCAGCCGCAGUUGAAUACUACGACCACAAAACCGGUGGUAAGGACCGCUACCCCAAGUUUCUGCCGCAGGAUAACUUGUCUCACAAGGACUGAAACCCUGAAUCCUAAAUCAGAAGCCACUAGUCUCACAAAGCUGGCCAGUGAAGUUUUUGUUAGCCCUCUGGCGAAAAUUUCAUGAUUGUUACAGAAAAUAAGAGAAAGGUUUCGUCUUUAUAGUAACCAAUUCGAUUCUUUAAUCGUUUACUAGAUGGGUUAUAUUGGGUUAUUUGUUACUGCACUUUGCAACUUGUAAGAGCAAAUCAUAUGCUCAUAUUGUCUUUUAAUGAGUUAAUACCCCUUAUAUAUGCCCGAUUUGCUCAUGAUAUGAUUG